GCCAAUAGAAAUCAAACAGAAACGACUGGUCUUUUCUGCAUUUAUCGAAGAAGCUAUGUUAGCCCUGAUAUAAUUUUCCAACGAUAUUUGAUUAACGUUAUUAUUAGAAGUAUAUGUUGUGUUUCUAAAGGAUUGUUCUUAAGGUCUGCAUCAUGGGUGAACCACAGCAGGUCAGCGCCCUGCCUCCACCACCUAUGCAGUACAUUAAAGAGUACACAGAUGAAAAUAUCCGCAAGGGUCUGGUCCCAAAGCCGCCUCCACCCAUUAGAGACAGCUACAUGAUGUUUGGCAACCAGUUCCAGUGUGAUGACCUUAUCAUUCGACCUCUGGAGAGCCAAGGCAUCGAGAGGCUCCAUCCAAUGCAGUUUGACCACAAGCGGCAGCUCAAAAAACUAAACAUGUCAAUUCUUGUGAACUUUCUGGACUUGUUGGACAUUCUCAUCAAGAGUCCUGGCAGCAUAAAGCGUGAAGAGAAACUGGAGGACAUGAAGCUUUUGUUUGUUCACAUGCAUCAUCUUAUAAACGAGUACAGGCCACACCAAGCCAGAGAAACACUGAGGGUCAUGAUGGAGGUCCAGAAGAGGCAGAGACUGGAGACGGCAGAGAGGUUCCAGAAGCAUCUGGACAGGGUGGUGGAGAUGAUCCAGGGGUGCCUUGCAUCUCUACCUGAUGACUUACCCCAGUCGGAUGUAACAGACGGUGUGUGUGUUGGGACCAAGAGUGUGUCUGCUGGAUCUAGUUUUGGUUGUUCUUCUGGACAGGCCCCCAUUCUGAAAACCGAACCAAUGGAUGUAGAGGACACGGGCGCCAGCUGCAUGGCUGCAGAUGAUCAGGACAAGAAUGUCCCAAGUUCAAAAACAGACAAAACAUGGGACAAGGAUGCUGCCAUGUGUAGUAUAAUAGAUGAGAUAGCAUGAAGAUUUACAGCACAUGCAUGUUUUUACUUUUCACUCAGCAUGAAAUACUUUGUGUGGGAUAAAAAUACUAUUAUUUGUACAUGUUCUUUUCAAAUUCAACUAAAUGUACUUGUAAAUAUUUCCUUAGCGUUUAAAUCUUAUACAGAUCUUUGUGUUCACUGGGCUCAAUAAAUCCAUUUGAAACCGCAGCAGGAGUUUAGUGCCGUCACAAAAACGAUGAUCUAAUAUGGUUCCACAUAAACACAAAGUGCUUUUGUUAAGAAUUUGUUGCUAAUUCUGACGCUGUGGUUUGCUGAUUAUGCAUUAGCGGUAGAUGCGUAGAUCCUUUAGCUAGUCGGCAUAUCAAAGAGCUUGAUUCAUCAGAGACCUGAGUAAAAUUUAAUUAAGUCAUUCUGCCUUCUUUUAAAAUGUAAUGCAAUGUAGACAAGUUUAGGGUUGGGGUGUGCUGAAUUGAAAGGUGACAUUUGAUAGGUUUACGUCUGUCAGUCGUCUGUACAUGUGAUACUUUAUACAUACACUAUUUUUCCAAUAAAAAUUCAAAUAAAACC